AUGUCAAGAGAAAAUUCUAUUGUUCGCCUUAAUGGCAAGAAUUAUGCUAGUUGGGAAUUCCAGUUCUGGAUGUUUGUGAAAGGGAAGGAAUUAUGGGGUCAUUUGGAUGGGUCUUCUACGGCUCUGACGGAUUCCAAGGAACUUAGUUCUUGGGAAGGUCGGGAUGUCAAAAUUUCUUCAUGGCUGCUCAGCUCUGUUGAACCUUAUAUGGUCAACAAUCUUCGUGGGUUCACUACUACUAAGGCGAUGUGGGAUUACCUUCGGCGCAUUUAUUAUCAAGAUAAUUCUGCUCGAAAGUUUCAAUUGGAGUUUGACAUCGGAAACUAUCGCCAGGGGAAUCUUUCUAUUGAGCAAUUUUAUUCCGGUUUUAUUAAUUUAUGGAAUGAUUAUUUUGGAUUUGUGCAUUCUCAAUUUCCCAAAGAAGCCUUAGCAGCACUACAAGUGGUUCACUUUGAGAGCCAGCAGGAUCAAUUCUUGAUGAAGCUUCGACCUGAGUUUGAAAGUACAUGUGUUGGGUUAAUUAAUCACACACCUGUCCCAUCUUUGGAGGUUUGCUUGGGUGAACUCUUGCCUGAAGAACAACAUCUUACCUCACAGCUUGACCUUGCUUAA